AUGGCCUUGAAGCAAUGCAGCCUGUGCGACCGCAAGUUUACCAAGCUUGAACACGUCAAACGACAUGAACGAUCCCACACGAGGGAGCGCCCGUAUGAAUGUCCGACGUGCAAGAAGCACUUCUCGCGCAGCGACGUACUUUUUCGACACUGCAAAGGCCACGCUCAAAACGCGCUGAAUCGAGUCAGCAAUAAUCAGCAGCAGAACCAGCAGCAACAACAGCAAUUGACCCAGAAUUCGUCCGACGACAAGCCAACCCCGCAUCCGUCCGCGCCGCAAAACGACGGACAGAACUCCGAACCAACGCCGCAAAGGCAGCAGGACCCAAGCUUGUCACCGUUAUCGCGGAGAACAAGUUCGCAGCAAGUUCCUCAAAUAAACGGAGAGACCCUCCAGAAUUCCAAUUCUCCAGCAAUCAAUGUCCGGCCGUCUCUAUCACAGCAUACUUCUCCAAACGACAGCCGAAUAGAAGCGCUGAUCAAUGCAGCGCAGCAUCUCGAACCCCCGGCAGAAGUAGCUUGGCGGUCUCCAUCUCCGAUCAACAUAUCUUCUGAUAAUGAUCGAUACAUGACCCGAAAUCAAGAUAGCAUGCCUCCUCCAAUAGAUCCCGCGAUUGAUAUGCUUUCGUUUUCUCCCGCAGGGCACGUCUCGAGCCUAGAUCAAUGGGCUUUCGAGCUUGUGCAGAGCAACCAUCCGCUCCCAAAUCGGACGCCGGCCGAUGCUCUCCAGACAUGGCUCUUCCCUCUGGACAAUGAUCUUCUCGCCUCGAACAACUCACAUCACAUGGCAAUCGACAGUCAUUUUGAUCACGACGGGUUUCGCCAUCCCGCCGAUAGUCAGGCUAGUCCUUCUGGGAGCAGCGCUUCAAUAGCAAGUAGAAUACCGCGAGAAAGAUUCGCAAGAACGCCAAUUAGCGAACGAGAGAGAAGGAAUUCGCGUUGGGGACUGGACGAGGAAUGUCGAGAUAUGCUCCAGGGAGCACUGAACAAUGCACCUCAAGUGAACCAAACCCUGCGAUCUUCUGAGUCCUAUGGGGACACCGCAUCCUCAAGUGGCGAUGCGGGAGCAAGCCCUGGUGGGGAGGGCAUCCAGUUUCCGCCCGCAGAGAUUCUUGAUAUCGCGCUGGAAAUGUACCUCUACUACUUCCACCCAACUCUCCCGAUAAUACAUAUUCCGACCUUCUCUGCGAAAAACGCGCCCCGGCCGCUCUUACUCUCUAUGUGUCUUAUUGGACUGAGUAUUCUGGGCACAGCUGGAGCAUCAAAAUUUGUCUCGCGGACAUUUGCAAGUGUAUUGCAGAUGGUCUCUUCCGAAUUGCAGUCUUUAGCGCCGAAUUAUCAUCGCCCAGAAAAGCAGCUAAGGAUCAUUGCUACUGCACUCCUGACUCUUAACCUUGCAUCUAUCACCGGCCGGAAGAGUCGAAUAGCACAGUCGGAGAAGCUAUACAACGAUCUGAUCUCGAUUGCCCAAAACCACGGGCUUUUCUCCUCGAACGAAAGUCCACUCCCAGAUCCCCUGCUAGACGAGAUCAUGGACAUAGAUGCGCGAUGGAAAGCUUGGAGUAGGAUCGAAUGUGUGAAACGCAGAACUAUCGUUGGCUUACUCGAGGCCGAUUGUUGGUAUGCCGCAUACCUGUCAGCAUCACCGAUGAUUCGGCCAGAGACCGUGCAGAUUCUACCUCCAUCUGAAUACAAUCUAUACCAUGCAAAUUCUGCCACAAAAUGGUUCCAUCUGAUUCAACGUGGCUCUAGAAUACACACUCAUCGAAUAACCCCCUCAUACCUCCCAACACCAGGGCUAAAGCUAGAAUCGACUAGUUUCCGGAGCCUUCUAACAAUGCUUUUACUCCGCAUCUACGAGUCCAACGACCGCUUGGCCAAUGUCAGUGGACCUCAGAAACAACUCGAGCCGUGGCGUAUUUACUCCGAAGAUCCUCGAAGUCGCGACCUCAUACCUCUCCUAGUCAACCUAUCAUCCUCAUCAAUCGACGCCUUGAGGACAGCAGACUUGAAUUCGGCAGUUCUCUGGCAUGCAUCAUGUAUGAUGCUAGGCGCUAACAUUCGGUUCUUCGAGCUAGCUGCAGGUCGCUCGGGUGCUGGACCAGCAGUAAACGCAUUGGAGGAUAUCUCUACAUGGUCACAAACUCCUUCGGCAAGGCGCUCCGUUCUCCAUGCCGCCCACAUAUUCAAGUUACUUUUUGACCGCAAGGUGUCUGAUAUCGUCAAUCCUCACAGCGUUCUUUCUCUUUUCCAAGCCGCCUUAGUCCUCGGCUUGUACAUUUUUACCCUUCCUUCCACUGCACCUAGCUGCGGCAUCAAUGACAAUUGUAUCGAACUCCUGGAUCUCGUGGAUUGGACCUGUAUUGGGCAUGUCGGCCUCAUGGAAACGCCAGCGUCUCCAAGUAAUUCGCUAGGCUUUAGCGAAGGAACAGCCGUCAGCUUCAUCCGGAAUGGUGGUUCAUUCAGUAUCACCGGCAUCGCCAUGGAGGGUGGGUACCUUGCAGCAAGAAGGACGCUUUUGCAUUGUGCUGACCUAAUGGACGGCAUGGGUCGCUGGAAGAGUAGGACGUUUUCUCAGAUUCUACAUAUCAUGAGCGACGAUUUAACAGAUGUGGAUGUGGCUGAUAGUGAUGAGUCAUGA